AUGGACCUUCCCAAGCCUUCUGCAGCCGUCGACAACUCGAAGCCAGCCUCUUCCGGCUAUCCCACAAGCACCCAGUCUAUGUCUACAGCCUUCAAUAUGCUCUCAACUACUACAAGCGCUGAUGGCCCUGUCUCGAACCAACGUCCUCCACCCACUCUGAGCGGACUUCCUACUGAAUUGAAGAAGAUGAUCGUCUCUUGCGCCGAGGACUCCUGCCUGGCCAACUUGCGCCUCACAAACAAGGAGCUGAAUGUCAUUUCCACCAAGCCGUUCGGCGAGAGGCUACUUGCUGAGCGUCGUUUCAUGCUGUCAAAGUACAGUCUGGAAGGUCUAAUUGGUCUCACUGCUCAUCCUGAACUCGGUAAGUAA